AUCCUUUUGACAGGGCUCUCAGGAAUAGAGCUGUACCACUCUCCCUGAUGAGCUGGGGAAUAGCUCCUUCUCCCUGACAGAAUUGGGGUUAAGCCCAUGCAUGUCCAAUACCUGCCAAAGCCCUCUCUCCCCAUAGCUCACUGGGACAGAGGGAUGAUCCCAGUGCCUGGGAUCUGGCUCUUCCAGGACAGGACGCACAGCUUGAAGCAGGCCUCUUAGGGAAGCAGCUGAGUGGUGACAAGAGGCAGGCCCCAGCCCUCAAGAGAGCCCUGGCAACAUGGACGAUGAUGAGCCUCCAGAGGAUGCACCAAAAGAUGAGACGGAGGCCGCAGCAGCUCCCCAAGGCAGCGACGACAUGCUCUACUGUGAGGCUGAGGCUGUCAGCACUGUUGUGAAAGAGAAGCCCACCUGGGAGGAUUCUGAAACAGACCUAGAAAUCGAAGAUACUGAGAGGUCCUUCACCACUGGACAAAGGGAGUUGUACCUGGAGGCCUGCAGACUGGUGGGAGUGGUGCCCGUCUCCUACUUCAUCCGGAACAUGGAAGAGCCCUACAUGAAUCUCAACCACCAUGGUUUGGGCCCCAUGGGUACAAAGGCUAUUGCUAUAGCCCUAGUGUCCAACACAGCUAUCAUCGCCCUGGAGCUGGAAGACAACUGCAUCAUGGAGGAGGGCGUUCUGAGCCUGGUGGAGAUGCUACAAGAGAACUACUAUCUCCAGGAGCUGAAUAUUUCCGAGAACAACCUGGGCUUGGAGGGGGCCGAGAUCAUCUCAGAUUUCCUCCAGAGAAAUACCUCUUCGCUCUGGAAACUUAAGCUUUCAGGAAAUAACUUCAAGGAGGAAUCUGCAGCCCUCUUAUGCCAAGCCCUCCCUUGAACCCUGAGGCUGGGUUCUUUGGGUGUGAAGGGUGCUGAGCUGACCCCCUCUCCCCUCCCAGCCCUCAACGUAGGGCUCCAGUCACUGGAUCUGAGUUGGAAUCACUUCCACAUUCAGGGAGCUGUGGCCCUGUGCAGCGGUCUCCGGUCUAACGUGACCCUGAGGAAACUGAAUCUGUCCAUGAACGGCUUUGGGAACGAAGGGGCCCUGGCCCUCGGGGAAGUCCUCAGACUCAACAGCUGCCUGACCCACGUGGAUGUCAGUGGCAAUGACAUCAGCAACGAGGGAGCCUCCAGACUCAGCAGGGGCCUGGAGUACAACGAAACACUGCAAGAGCUGAAGCUCUUCCUGAACCCUAUAAGUAUGGAUGGGGCCAUUUUACUUGUCCAGUCCAUCAAGAAGAACCCCAAGUCUAAGAUGGAAGAGCUUGACAUUUCCAAUGUGCUGGUAACCGAGCAGUUCACGAAAAUCCUGGAGGGGGUGUAUGCUGCCCACCCCCAGCUGGACGUACUGUACGACACCGUGAAAAGCCUUUCUGGCAAGAAGCAAGCUCUCUCCCUGAGGACGAAACCCAUGAAACUGAUCCAGAGCUAUGUGGACCAGCACAAAAUCCAAGUGGUGGAUUUCUUCAGGAGCUUGAGCCCCACUGGAGCACUGGAGAUGCCUGUGGGCAAGUUCCGGAAAGCUAUGAUACAGCAAAACAAGGUCCCUAUGAACCGGAACCAAGUUGGGGAGUUGGUCAAGAUGCUGGAGGAGACCAAGGGCAUGGUGAACUUCAGCUCCCUUCUGUAGCAAGGCUCGAGCCUUGUCAUGUCCUGGAGACUGGGCCUUCUGCUUCCGCCCACCCACGGGAGAGGGAUGAGGUGCACCACCUCCAGCC